AUGGAUAUACCAACCACUCAAAUUUCUGAAUAUAACGUCGAAGAUUGUAUAAACGACCAUGAAGCAAAUUUAGAUGGAUUACUUGAUCAUUUCGACCAAUUUGUAGAACGACUUCACAAUCCUAUUAUAAAUACUAAUUAUCUUCCUAUUGGUGCUAUUUUAAUUGAGCGUAAUGAAAAUUCUUCUAGUAAAACGACAAAGGGUGUUGAAUAUAUUGUUCCUACAAAUACAGAUUUUCAUGAAUGGGUAAAUCAGUUUGGUAAAGCAACUGGUGCAACUUAUGUUAAACAUGAUACAGAACAAAAUAUUGGAAAUAAUGUUAAACCCUCUCACCAUCAAUCACAAGAACGUCAACAACAUCAACAAUAUUCUGUCGAGGAGCUUCGUUACAACAUUCAAAAAAUGACACAAGAUCUUGAAGACCUUGAUCUUAAUCGCUUGCAAAUUGUUCAUGAUCAGAUCUCAUGGAUUCUUGAAGAUGUUCGCAAACCAGACAGAUCAUUUCAACCAGGAAAUUGGGUAGACGAAAAUCAAAAAAUGAAAUUACCGCCACAUAUGCAUAUUGAAAAGCAAAAAAG